CUCGGCAUAUGCUCCCCGAAUCUCUCCUUAUCCUCCCCUCUGUCUCUUUCUCCCCUUACACUUUCAAUUACAAAAUCCUCACUCCAAAACCCGCUGAGCUAACAGCUAACAGCUUACAACUUACAACCUUCUCUCUCUAAUGGCGUCCUCGGCGCCAGUGCUUCAGCAGCACAACAAUUUCCUCUUCACUUUCAGCUCAAAAACUAAAAAUACCAACUCAAUUUUCUUCUUCAACUCUUAUAACUCUUCUCUCAAUUGCGUAACAAAGCCUCUCGCCUCUACAUCUUCGUCUCUGUUUUCAUCGCCAUUUCAAACCUCCUCGCGUCCUUUAAUUCGCCUCACGCGCGUUUCCACAGCACCCGUAGAGUACGUGCCGCCAGCUCCCGACUUCGAUUUUCACAAAGAAAUCGCCAGGCUUAAAGCUUUGAAAUCGAAGCUUGAUCAUUGUACUAAUUUGAAGGACAGAAUCAGAGUGAUUGACUCUGAUAGUCGUGUGAAUUCCUUUUUCUUUUCGCAUAAGAAUUCGUUUUCUAGGGUUUUGGAGACUUUGCAUUUGGAUGAAUUUGAAGUUUUUUUGCUUAAAUGUGUGGUUGCUGCUGGGCAACAGCAUGUGUUCGGUGAUGUUUGUACAGAAUUUGAGCAGAAAAGAAUUUCGCUGAAGAGUGCUUUGUAUGCUUUGGCGGAAAUGAUUGAGAAUUGGGAUGUAAAUGGCGGUAGUGGUGGCGGUGGCGGUGGUGUGAAUGGUUAUGGUAUAGGAACUGAAGAGCAUGAGGCAUUGAGGUCAAUGUUGAAAAUUAUUGGAGAGGUUGAGCGGUUUUAUGAUUGCAUUGGAGGAAUAAUAGGGUAUCAGAUUAUGGUCCUUGAGCUUCUUGCUCAGUCAACUUUUGAACGACAGAGUCUGUCCCAUCACUCAAAUAAAUCUCUCAAGCGUGAGAUAAUAGAAAUUCAUCCUCCACAUGCACUUGAUCUUUCUCAGGAUUUAGAAUAUGCAUCUCAAGCAGCUAUUUGGGGAAUUGAAGGAUUGCCAAACCUGGGAGAAAUAUAUCCUCUUGGUGGCUCGGCAGACAGGCUGGGUUUGGUUGACCCCGACUCAGGUGAAUGUCUACCUGCUGCAAUGCUUCCGUACUGUGGGCGUAGUCUAUUGGAAGGUCUUAUAAGAGAUCUUCAGGCUAGGGAGUACCUGUAUUUCAAGUUAUACGGCAAACAAUGCAUCACUCCAGUUGCAAUAAUGACAAGUGCAGCAAAAAGCAAUCAUGAGCGUGUCACCUCACUGUGUGAGGAACUCCACUGGUUCGGAAGAGGAAGAUCAAAUUUUAAACUUUUCGAACAGCCUCUUGUUCCAGCUGUUAGUGCAGAAGAUGGACAAUGGUUGGCGAGUGGACCAUUCAAACCUAUAUGCAAACCAGGUGGUCAUGGGGUGAUCUGGAAACUUGCCUAUAAUGAAGGUGUUUUCCAGUGGUUUUAUGAUCAUGGAAGACGAGGUGCGACUGUGAGACAAGUCAGUAACGUUGUGGCAUCUACAGAUUUGACUCUUUUGGCUUUAGCUGGACUUGGUUUGCGUCAGGGAAAGAAACUGGGCUUUGCUUCAUGCAAGCGAAAUGCGGGUGCUACUGAAGGCAUAAAUGUUCUAAUUGAGAAGAAGAAUCUUGAGGGGAAAUGGACCUAUGGUAUAUCCUGCAUAGAAUAUACCGAGUUUGACAAGUUUGGAAUGACGGAUAAUUCUCUUUCUUCUUACAGUUUACAGGGCGAGUUUCCUGCCAAUACAAAUAUUCUAUAUGUUGAUUUGCCCUCUGCUGAGCUAGUUGCGUCAAGUAAUGAUGAGACUAGUUUGCCUGGAAUGGUGCUUAAUGUGAAAAAGGCAAUCACAUAUGUGGACCAGUUCGGAAGCAAGCAUAGUGUCCCAGGUGGCCGCCUUGAGUGCACAAUGCAAAACCUUGCUGAUAACUUUUUCAAUACACGCUCAUGUCGAUGUUAUGAUGGUGUUGAAGAUGGACUAGAUACUUUUAUUGUAUACAACGAAAGAAAGAAGGUGACAUCUUCUGCCAAGAAGAAACGUAGACAUGGUGACAAGUCGUUGCACCAGACUCCAGAUGGCUCGCUGUUGGAUAUAAUGCGUAAUGCCUAUGAUAUUCUUUCCCACUGUGAGAUAAAAAUUCCAAAGAUUGAAGGUAACGAGAAGUAUGUUGACUCUGGGCCUCCAUUUCUUAUUCUUCUCCAUCCUGCUGUAGGUCCCCUUUGGGAAGUAACUAGACAGAAGUUCUACCGAGGUUCCAUAUCCAGGGGUUCAGAGUUGCAAAUAGAGGUUGCUGAGUUCUUGUGGAGAGAUGUGCAGCUUGAUGGGAGUUUGAUCAUUUUAGCUGAGAAUAUAUUAGGUUCAACCACAAUUGAUGAAAAUGGUGAAACCAUUCUACAGUAUGGAAAAAGGUGUGGGAGAUGUAAGCUGGAGAAUGUCAAGAUAUUGAAUGAUGGAAUUAAUUGGAAUUCAAAAGAAAACUUAUACUGGAAGCACGAUGUGCAGCGAUUUGAGGCAGUUAAUGUGUUACUGCACGGAAAUGCAGAAUUUGAAGCAGCAGAUGUUGUGUUGCAGGGUAAUCAUGUUUUUGAAGUUCCAAAUGGUUACAAAAUGAAGAUAACAACAGGAGACUCAGGAUUAGCAGUCGAACUUAAACCUAUUGAGAAGAAGUUGAUGGAGUGUGGAAGCUGGUUUUGGAACUACAAGAUAAUGGGCAAACAUGUUCAGUUGGAAUUGGUGGAGUUAUAGGAUGACUGACAGAUGCCUUACCAACUUCGUUUGUGAAUCGUGGUUCACAACUGGGGCUUGUAACUCACUUUCAGGCUUGGUUGAACAAAAGUUGAACCACUCGAACUCUCUGAUCAGUUUUGUGAUUAAUUGCAGCUGUUUGUAAUUUAGUUGUAAAUCAUGUCUAAUAGUAAUUUGACAACUCUAAUACCACAGUAGUAUUUUUUUCUUUCCUUUUUUUUCGUGUAAAUGUAAAUAAUUCAUGUUUCCCUCCGGGUUUCUUGGUCAUUGUUGUAUGCUUUUUGAGCAUCUGUAACAAAAUCGAUUCCAUGAAGAUGAAUGCUCGUGGCAUCUA